UGGCGCGAAGUGUCCGUCACACCUACCGUAGAAGUCAUUCUCUUUACAAGUACUGCUGUAGGUGUCCACUCUGUCGCACCAGAACUUUGAGUUGUUCUACGGUUUCCGUGAGUCUCUGCGCAAGACGUUACGUAAGUUUGAGAAUAUUUAUGAUGCAAAAAAAUCUGUACUGCUACGUUGCAGCCGUCUUUAUCUUCAAUGAUCUGAACUUUCUUAUACGUUCAUAUUCUUGAUCUGAACUUGGGAGAAGGACAUGGUACAGUUAUAGGCAGAUCUUCACUGAUUCUCUGGAUCUGAGAAGGAUGGAGAAGUUCUGCAUGCUGUUGUAGAUUCUAGAGAUCUAAUGCAUACAGUUGUCUGCUAGAACAGCUCAGUUUCGCAGGACUUCAAGAAGUGGAGUAGGUCCGCGCCUGGUCACUGUGUUCUUUGGGGACUGCAGUGGAUCUUGUGUUCUGUGGCAGCAAUUGGAGAAAGCAUGGGGCUGGAUGAUUCUGCUGGUUUUGAAAGAUUGAGGUCUCCGGUGCUAAUUUAUCUUGUACACAGAACACAAUGGGACAAGUAUUUCACUUAUCGGAAGUGGAGGUGUGACGAGAGGACAGAGCUCAUGGGUGCACAUACUACACUUGAAGGAGCUCAUAUCGCAGUGGCUAAAGACUUCAAGUUACAUGCUGAAGCAAGAUUCCCCCGCUGGGUACCUGAACUGAGGAAAGAGCAGAUGGAAAGGAAAUUAGAUUGGGAUAGAUUGGCCGCGGAGGAGCACUUCAACUACAUCAAUCAAUUCAUGGCUGAAAAGAAAAUGGAAGACAAGCAAGUGGACGUGGGAUGGACUUAUCAUGUCACGCAAACUACUCUUACCCCUCUAGAAAGGAAGAGGAAGCUGAACUCUGAGAUGACGGGAGAUGAAGAGAUUGUAGACGAGGAAGCUGUGAGAUCGAAAGAAAAGGUUUUCCUUCUUGAAGACAGCAGAAGCAGAUCCCUCAGGGAAAACAGCUGUCUGUCUUGUAAAACAAGUUGCAAGAGAAUCAUGGAAGAAGGUCCUAUGCUUUCGACUGAAAGACGAAGCUUGGGCUUCUACUGUCAAGAGUAGAUCUGCCAUUGUUGUGUACAUUUACUUUUACAGCUCACUGUACAGAAAUGAAGAUAGAGAACUUAUAAUUUUGUAGACCAUGUUUAAGAUCCUACUUUUCUAUUAUCUGUAGAGAAGCAAUAUGGAUUAUAUACUGUCAAUUCAGCGAGGCAAACCUUCACUGUUUAGAUCUGAGAGAAGGAUAAAAGAUUCUGGUCAAGCGUCAUCUGAAGGCUUCUAUGAAAAGUGUACAUCUCUAGGACCGGAUUGAAGAAAGCGUAGUUGUGUCUGUCCACAAUCAGAGAUGCUCUUCUCUACACAUCGGAAUGCGAAAUGUUCUCUUGUUUGGGAUAAAAAUACAUGAUAUACAUUCGAGUACAGCAGCAGAGAACCAUCUUCAAGAACGGAAGAACGGUGAUAUUUGAUUGGCGUCAGAAAAUAAACAGGUGGUCACACAGAAUAAUUCGCUCUAUACGAUUGAUCACCCAGCGUUCAGACAUCUUGAGGUGCAAUUUAUUGGAAUUUACGGACAACCGUCGAUAAAAGAGAUGAACUGCAUACUAGUUUAACAUCCUCUGGACAUUCACCGUGGGGCCAUUAUGAUUAUUUCCAAAGCCACAGAGGGUACCAGGACGAAUUCAUGUUUGAACCUGCUUUUCGUUAUGGAAGAACUUGAGCAAAAUAAGA